UACAAGUCAAAUGCUUAAUGAACAACGUUUGAGAAAAUUAUUACUCAUUACUACUUAAAUAUGCCACCCCCACUUCCUCCAACUACUAUACUAUCAUAGCUUCAAAAAAAAUGGGAGAAAAUCAUCACCAUCAUGACCGUGUGAUUCUGCAUGGGAUGUGGAUGAGCACAUAUGCAAAGAAAGUAGAACUUGCUCUCAAGAUCAAAGGCAUACCCUUUGAAUACGUAGAAGAAGAUUUGAGGAACAAAAGCCCCCAACUCCUUCAACAAAAUCCUAUACACAAGAAGGUGCCGAUGUUGCUCCACAACGGACGGCCCAUCGUAGAAUCAAUUGUUAUUGUGGAAUACAUCGAUGAAACAUGGAACAACCUACGACCUCGGAUCUUGCCGGAAGAUGCAUACCAAAAAGCCAAAGUUCGAUUUUGGGCGAAAUACAUUCACCAGCUGUCAGAUACCAUGAAGAAAGCAUUCAUAUCAGCUCGAGGACAGAACAAAAAUGCAGCCUUCAGUGAAUUCUUUGUGAAUUUGGAAAUACUUGAAAAGGAAACUAGGGUUUUCUGUCCAAUGGAAAGGCCUAAAAUCUCAGCUCAAAGUUUGGGGCUUUUAGACAUUGCACUUGUUGCCACACUUGGUAUGCACAAGGCAGUGGAAGAAGUGUUGGGAAUGAAGAUAAUUGAUGAAGAAAAGCAUCCAUUUAUAUUCUCAUGGGUUGAAAGUCUUCUUGAGCUUCCUUUGGUGAGGGAGACUUUACCUCCACAUGAAAAGGCUGUUUCAAGGCUUGAGCUAAUUAAACAACAUGGUUUUAUUUAAUGAUGGAAUUCAGCCACCAUAGGAAACUAACUUAGGGUGUUCGUGUUUGGUUCGAAUAUGAGAAUCGGAAUGGAAAUCAAAUACUUGGUAAUUGGAAUAUGUUUUGUGAAUGUAUUUUGUAUGUUUGGUAGUAGGGUGGAAUUUGAAUGAUUAUCAAUA